AUGGAUCGUAACAACUCUCUUGUCGUCCAAACACCAGUUGAGGAGGAGUCGGGAGGUGUUGCAAUUCGACGACCGGAUGUUGAGGCCGAUGCGGACUUCGAUAUACUGUCGUUCAUUGAGUCUUCUUCUGACAGGCAUGAAACUGGUCAUGAAAUGAAGGAUGAGGAAUACCGUAAGCAGGAGAAAACGCUCAUGGAUUCAGCCAUCGAUUUUGUUCUCAGUGAGGUUACUGAUGAGAAUAUCCAGAUCGCCACCGUCAACCCUCAUCCUAAGCUGUCGAUUGCACACGAUCUAGUGUCAUUCCUCUUGAGCCGCAAAGCUGCAACUUCUUACCUCUUCAGGCGUCAUCCGAUCCCUUCUAGCGCUACCCAUCAGCCGUUCCCCCUCAACGUGUUCAUGGGUCAAUGGACAUCAUGGACAAGUUUCACGCUAUCCAAAUCUAGGGAGGUCCAACCAGGCACUCUUCAAUGCUCUCAGCCGAUGAAACCUGGCGAUAUCGAAGUCAUAACGGUUUUAAAUGACAAAUUCGUACAACUGAUGAGUCUUGUAGACGGGGAUGAGAUGCUGAUGAUGACAAUCUGGGAGACGCCCGAUGCUUCGAGACAUUGGAAGAGAUUGGUGAGAGAGUCAUUGCUUGGAGAGUUCAUGGACUUGAUGUCUCGUAUUACAUGGAUAGACUGGGAUAUCGCAUUCCCGGCAUGGUUUGGCCACUCGAGGAGCUUAGCGAGGAGUGAAGAUGCAAUCCUUUUUACUCGGGUCUUACAGGGUACAGACUAG